ACUGUGUCACGUGACUCAGUGGACCACCACCUGACGAGACCCGCGGAGGGGUCGAAAUAGGUUUUAACUUUCAAAGGGGACGUAUAGCCGGGUAUUUGCCGACCAGUCUGACAUCCAAAUGGAUCAAAGGAUCAUCAUCUCCGAAUUGUAUCACCAUGGAGAGCAUUCUUCUAUCGUCGCGGCGUAUGAACAUGUGCGACGAACACGUGCAUGAACCGUUACGUUUCUACUGCACAUUCCAUAAUGACGUCAUAUGCAGCAUAUGCGCGAUCAAACGUCAUAAGCUGUGCCAAGACACGCUGACUUUCCAAGAAGCCAUCGAGAGGUUCGAACGAGAGCACAAGAAUCUGUUCAAAGCGCUGGAGAACCAAAGCGCAAAUAUCGAGAAGAAUAUUUCAGAAAAGCAGGCCGCUCUCGAGUUAUUGGCUCGAAAUUCGAUUGACGCCACUUCCCAGAUAGAGCACCUUACAAAAAAGUUGCACGCCGUAAUUGAGGAAAAGAAACGCGUUCUUUUGAAAACGCUGAAUGAAGAAACUGGUGAAGUCAGGAAAGAACUUUCUAACGACUUGACUUUCUUGACAAAAAUGUCAAAGACUAUGACCAAAGUCAAAGAUAAAGCUCUCGGAGCGUUUAAAUGCAAAGCCGAAGUCAGAACAAUAAAAACGAUGAUACGAGUUCAAAAUAUCUACUGUGACAUAGAAAAAUCGUCGAAAAUUGUUUUAAACCACCCUACUCAAUACAUAUAUUUUCAAGAGUCGCAAGAGUUGCAAGAUUUUCUUGAAAAUUUGCAGACAAUCGGUUCGAUUUCUCGUGUGCAAAAUAUUGAUGAUAUGGACAACGAUGGGCCGAAAGAUCAGGCAGACGAAGGUAAUGAUCACGAGGAAGAUGUUGCAGUAGCCCACGAUGGAGACAACGAUAAUGGCAACGCUGAACAAAAGGCUAAUAUUGUGAGCUUGUUGCAUUACCAGAUGGAUACAAUUGCAGAGAUUGAUAGUUCUUCAGAACAUGACACGGACGAAUCCGAUGAUGUUUUUAAUUUGUCCGGAAAACAUGACUCUCUGAUUAAUGAGAAAGUCGUUGUGAAUGAUGGGAUAGAUCUCAUAAAGUUCGAACCUGUGAAUUGCACUACUGGAAGAAGCGAGGACUCUGGUAAUGUAAGUGAGAAGGAAUACGAACUUGAUGAUACCUCCGAAGACAAAAGUGUAAUGACGUCAGCGGAUGGAAUGAAUGCUGAUGAUAUCAGUGAAUGUUCUAUGGUUACGGCUAUGAAACACGAGAACGAAUUUAUUGAGUUCGACGACGUUGAAGAAGAAAUGCUUUUUAAAAGUGAAUUGGUGGUGAACGUAAAGCAUCUAAACGGCGAGAUUGUAAUAGGGUGUUCGAAUGGAGAGCCUGUUGAGCCUAUUGAUAAUAAUGUAAGUGAAACUGGCGAAACAUCGCCUCUGGAAAAUGGUUUUUCUGACAGUAUCAAUUCAGAUGAGGAUAACGAACAUAUUGUAACGGUAGAUGAUGAAAGCUUGAAACGUUUUAGAAAGAAUAGUGAUUUAGAUACUUGCUUAACGGUGAGACUGAACGGUUUUGAGGACGGAAUCGGUGAAACGGACGCAGCUUCAUUUGCCGAGACCUACAACACGAAACUCGCUCAUGCGCAGACCAAUAACGCACUACUCGAGCAUACGCAGACAAAUGACACGAAACUCGCGCAUGAUGUGGCUACCGAGACAGAGUCUUAUGAAGCCAAAACUGCUAAGAUUGCUGACCAAUUUCUAGCCCUACACCACGGACGACCUUGUUGGAUUUAUGGAAUAGCCUUUCUAACCCAUGAUCGGAUAGUCAUAUCCGAUGUUGCACACGAUUCACUGCAGCUGUUCGACACUAGAGGUGUAUUUAUAUGCGAAGAAAAGGUCGCCUUCACGCCAUGGGAUACGUCAAAGAUGGACAAUCAAACCAUUGUUGUGUGCAGUGGAGUUAAAGGCUCUGUCUACAUAUUUAACGUAAACGAUGGCGGUUUUGACUUGAAAAAAAAGGUCGACAUAGGAAGCGACUGCAAUAGCGUAUUUUACAGCAACAAAGGCACAUUUAUAAUUGGGUCUAGAAAGGGCUGUCUGAUUUGCAAGAGUGACGGAAGUGAUAUUAAAGCAUUUAGCACGCAUUCUGUCACUGAAAAGUCACUCCGUCGAGCCGACUUUAUUAUCGCUGAUGACGUAAGUGGCAAUAUCUUUAUGGUCAACUCAUGGUCCGGCAAAAUUACAGCCUUAACUUCUGAAGGACAAAUUUUGUGGGAGAGUCAUUCAGGGGGAGUCUUCCCGCGGGGAAUCGUGAUUAACGGUAACAGAAUAUUUGUUAGUUGUAAAGCUCGCAACUGUAUCACCAUCAUGGACUCCAGUGACGGACGCCAUAUUGAUGACGUCACAUUUGACGAGCUCGAGUACCCGUAUGCAUUGGCUCUUCAUCCGACUGAAAACAUUCUGGCGGUAACACGAUGGGAUGAGAAGAUGACAAACGGGCAGACAAGAAUCAUUCAGCUUGUCCGGUACUAAAUGCAUCGCAUAUACGGGCUGUGAGAAAACUUCUAUUACCAGAAAAAUACGGCCACUUACUAUGCGUAUCACGAUUUAGAAAAUCACAUUUUAUUCAUUAACACACAUAGUAGUACAGUUUUAAGUAGACUACUAGUAAUAGAUGCGCUUGGUUGAAAUUAUUUCUCUAUAUUGUCGAUGCAUGUGUAUUUUAAUAUUAAUAAUUUGAAUAACGGACAAAAUCAUACUUAGUUUUCUGCGACCAACAAAAGACAAUUUAUAAAAUGGGGCUUGGUUUUUCAGUAGUUCGUGCUUUUGCCUACAGCGCUGUCUCUUAGUUUGAUCUCAGGUCGAGGUUUAUUUUAUUAGAUUCGCUUUAUAUUGGUAUAGCAAAUAUUAUUUUUAGAGUCUUAUUUUUUAUAUUUAUAGCGCAUGUAUUUACAACGCAUUUCUAUCAUAUAAUUACAUUUUGGUGUAAGCGUAAUUUCAUUUUAGGACAUG